AUGCAUGUGGCUAUGGCUGUAUUUGAGCUGAUGCACAAGGCUGUGUUGGACAGGUGUGUGUGUGUGGCUAACACACCAUACCCUGAUGUUGGACAGACAGACUGGUUGUCAGAAGCCCAAUGAUGAGGAGGACGACCCAGAGAAAGAUGUGUUGUUCAGAGACAACAGGGCCUGUCGCUCCACUGGAGAGAGAUGGGGAGGAGAGGAGGAGGAGAGGAGGGCUAUGACAACAGGAGCUGUGUGUUGUGAAGGACAAGCAAUAAGGUGUGAAACAAUAGGAAGAAUGUUCAGGAUGCAGGUCUUUUGUCAGAGUGGAAGAGCAGUGAGAGACCAGGCUUUAAGUCUUGGCAAAACACACGCACGCAAGGACGCACAAACACACACACUCACACACACGUACACAUACACCAGGGUAUCAGAGAUAGCUGGACCUGUGGAGUGAGUAGUGUGAGUGUUGAAUCCUCCAGCCCCUUUCUGCUCAUCCAUUACUAAUACAAUGAAAGGCUUCACUAACCCCACAGACAAAGACCAGGCGUCUCCUCUGGAAAGUGAUUUGCGCUAGCGAUUAAAUUCCUGAGGCAUAUGUUGUUGUGAGUGUCACCCAACAUAAUACUCAUAGAAGUGUGCGGUGCUGCACUCCCUCCCUGACUCACUCCCCCUGGGCUAAGUUGACUUUGAUUUGCCUGAGUAGAUUAGGUGGCUUUAGGUGGCGUCAGAUUGCAUUUUGAUGGGAUACUGUGUUGAAUGGUGUUCAGGGAGAUGAAGAUGUCGCUUCGCCAAGGUGAGAUGGUCUGAGAGCGGAGGAGAGAGGGGGGAAGGAGAGAUGGAGAGAGAGGGGGGGGGAGGGAGAGAGAUGGAGGGAUAUAGAAAGAGAGAGGAAUGGACAGAGAGAGAGAUGGAUGGGUAGAGAGCAGGUUAGAGAGAGAGAGAGAGAGAGAGACUAAGAGAAAGAGGAGAGGACAAGCUGACUGGAUUAGCCUGAAAAGCAUGUCAUAUUGCCUCUGACAACAGUCUCUUUCACAACAGUCUCUUUGACUUGGCUGAGGCCAAGCUGACACUCUCCAGCCACCAUGUCUAUAGCGUCGUCCCAAAUAGCACCAUCUCAGCUAACAAUUCUAGAGAGAGAGAACGUUUUUGUAAUGUUACCCAUAAUGUUCCCCUAAUGUUUGAGUGUCCAGUUUUCUAUGUUAGAAAAAACCUUCGGAGAACCUUUUUGGUGUUCAAGUUAGGAGAACAUUCCCUUAAUGUCAAACAUAACUUAUAUAGAACGUGGUUAGAAUAUACAACAAUAAUGUUCUAGGUGCGUUUUAUGGGACGUUGCAAGAACUUUCCUGUGACCAGUUUUCUGAGGGUUAGGAGAAUAUUAAAUUAAUGUCCCACCAAACAUACACAAGGAAAUGGUUGCCAUGUUCUCAGAAUAUAAGAAAUGAAUGUUCUAGACAUGUUUCAUGAGAACAUUGCGAGAACCUUCCUGUGACCAGUUUUCUGAAGGUUAGGAGAAUAUUCCAUCAAUGUCCCACCAAACAUACACAGGAAAUGGUUGCCAUGUUCUCAGAAUAUAAGAUAUGAAUAUUCUAUACACGUUUCAUGGGACAUAGGGACAGGGUUGUCAGCCUGUGCAUUUUUCACUGGCUGUUCGCUGGUCGCAAAGACAAUGAUGAAUAGGCAAUUUAAACUUCUUCAAAUAAUUUGAAAUUUUUGUCAUUUAGUGACUUACAAUUAGUGCAUUCAUCUUAAGAUAGCUAGGUGGGACAACCACAUAUCACAGGCAAGUGUUGGUUCUGGAAACGGGGGGGGGGGGGGGGGGAGUCGAGUCGAGGUUGAGAAGGGGGAUUAUUUAAGAUACUCUUUGAAGAGGUAGGGUUUCAGGUGGCAGGACAGAGAAGAGCUUGGAGUGGGCUGAGCGGGAGCUAAGAGACCAGACGUGGUUUGAGCAUAGCCUGAAGGUAGGGAGACCCGUCUUGAAGCCUCUGAUUAGGGUCAAGUAGAUCUUUCUGAGAGAGAUGACGAGAGCACGCUCAAGUGUUUUGGAAAGAAAGGAUAAAAGGGAUACAGGUCUAUAGUUUCUGACGUCAGAUGAGUCGAGUGUUGGUUUCUUAAGGAGGGGAGCGACUCUGCCCAUUUUGAAGUUAGAGGGGACACAGCCAGUGGUCAGGGAUGAGUUGAUGAGGGAAGUGAAGAAUGGGAGAAGGUCGGGGUCGAGCGGGCAGGUUGUCGGGCGGCCAGACCUCACUAGUCACAGGAUUUCAUCUGGAGAGAGAGGGGAGAAAGAGGUCAAGGCAUAGGGUAGUUCUGUGUGACUGGGACCAGUGGACUCAAUAGGCUGAGUGAAUGAGGAGCGGAUGUCAUAAACAUUAUUUUUUAAAGUGGUUGACAAAGUCAUCCUCAGAGAGGGAGGGGGAGGGGUGGAGGAUUAAGGAGGGAGGAGAAGGUGGGAAAUUGUUUCUUAGGGUUAGAGGCAGAAGCUUGAAAUUUAGAGUGAUAGUAAGUGGCUUUAGCAGGGGAUACGGAGGAAGAGAAUGUAGAGAGGAGGGAGUGAAAGGAUAAUAGGUCCUCCGGAAGUUUAGUUUUCCUCCAUUUUCGCUCAGCUGCCCGCAGCCCUGUUCUGUAAACUAUCAAUGAGUCACUCAGCCACGGAGCAGGAGGGGAGGGCCGAGCUGGCCGGGAGCAAAGGGGACAGUGUGAGUCAUAGGAUGUGAAAAGGGAGGAGAGUAGGGUCGAAAAGGCAGAAUCAGGAGACAGGAAGGAGAAGGAUUUAGCAUAAGGGAGAGAUGAUAGGAUAGAAGAGGAGAGAGUAGUGGGAGAGAGAGAGCAAAAAUUGUGACUGCGCAUGACCAUCUGGGUAGGGGCUGAGUGGCUAGGGUUGGAGGAGAGGGAGACAGAAAAGGAAACAAAGUAGUGAUCAGAGACCUGUAGGGGGGUUCCAGUGAGAUUAGUAGGGGAACAGCCUCUAGUAAAGAUGAGGUCAAGCGUAUUGCCUGCCUUGUGAGUUGGAGGGGAUUGGGAAAGGGUGAGGUCAAAAGAGGCAAGGAGGGGAAAGAGAGAGUUGGAAAGAAAUUAAUCGAAGGCAGACGUCGGGAGGUUGAAGUUGCCAAGUACGAAGAGUGGUGAGCCAUCGUCAGGAAUUGAGCUAAUCAAGGUGUCAAGCUCAUUGAGGAACUCUCCAAGGGCACCUGGUGGGCGAUAGAUGACAACAAUGUUAAGCUUGAGUGGACAAGUGACAGUGACAGCAUGGAAUUCAACCAUUAUUGGGUUAAAACACACAUAUACAUUUGUGCACAACAACCACAGUUCAUAAGGCGCAAAUAGCUAUACUGAUCAAAAAUAUAAACGCAACAUGUAAAGUGAUGGUCCCAUGUUUCAUGAGCUGAAAUAAAAUAUCCCCUAAUCUUUCCAUACGCACAAAAAGCUUAUUUCUCUCACAUUUUGUGCACACAUUUGUUUACGUAAAAUGUGCAGUUUUGUCACACAACACAAUGCCACAGAUGUCUCAAGUUUUGAGGGAGAGUGCGAUUGGCAUGCUGACUGCAGGAAUGUCCACCAGAGCUGUUGCCAUAAGCAGCCUCCAACGUCAUUUUAGAGAAUUUGGCAGUACGUCCAACCGGCCUCACAACCGCAGACCACGUGUAACCACGCCAGCUCAGGACCUCCACGUCCGGCUUCUUCACCAUCGGGAUUGUCUGAGACCAGCCACCUGGACAGCUGAUGAAACUGAGGAGUAUUUCUGUAUGUAAUAAAGCCCUUUUGUGGGGAAAACCUCAUUCUGAUUGGCUGGGCCUGCCUCCCCAGUGGGUGGGGUGGGCCCUCCGUGUGGGCCCUCCCUGCCCUCCCACCACCCUCCCGGCCCUCCCACCCUCCAAGGGGCUGCACCUCUGCCCAGUCAUGUAAAAUCCAUAGAUUAGGGCCUAAUUAAUUUAUUUCAAUUGACUGAUUUCAUUAAAUGAACUGUAACUCAGUAAAAUCGUUGAAAUUGUUGCAUGUUGCAUUUAUAUUUUUAGUCAGUAUAAAUGACAGGAAAGGGAAAGGGGAUGCCUAAGAGAGCAGCAGUGUGAUUCACAUCAAGGCGCUAUGUAGAUAUCUAUGAUAAGGGAUAUCCGUAUCGCCCGUAGGCUACGCCACUGCUGUCGUCCUUACCUCCAAUCGUUUAUUGAAGUUGGAUAAUCUUUGGAUUCCAACAGCAAUGGCACCAUUGGAAGACAGCUUGGACUGUAGCUUAAAAAGCCUAUUCCUGCUCUUUUCCCGCGAUCCAUCAAACAACUUUGGUGUGUCAUCAUAGUGGUCUCUGACUUGUGGUCAGACUCGCUCAGGUGGAACAAACGUUCGUCUUUUUUCAAUGCUGAUUUGAAUGUCAUUGAGAAAGCAGAAAGGUGACACAUUAUUUUUUGCAAACAUCCUAUCUGAAUUUAAAAGUAGAAGUAGUCCCGUGUAGCUCAGUUGGUAGAGCAUGGCGCUUGCAACGCCAGGGUUGUGGGUUCAAUUCCCACGGGGGACCAGUAUGAAAAAUGUAUGCACUCACUAACUGUAAGUCGCUCUGGAUAAGAGCGUCUGCUAAAUGACAAAAAUGUAAAUGUAAAAUGUAAGUAAUCAUCUAUUUUUCUAAAGUAUUUGUAAUCUGAUGACAAUUUUUCUGCUUUCAAUGUAACGGAUUCCAGUUACAGUAAUUUUUUUAAAUCAGUUACAUCUAACGGAUUACAAGUAAUCCUUUACUCCCCAACCCUGUAUAGGGAAUAGUGUGCAAUUUGGGACAUGGCCUAUAGCAGCAAUGCAUUAGAGAUUCACAGGAACAGCCUUCCAAAUCGAAUAUACGCCAAACAUGAACUGAUUUGGCUGUUCCAAUUGAUUUUCCAUGUGUUGGUUUGGUGAAAGCAUGGGGUCGGUAUUGAAGGGUUAGGGGGGGUGGUGGGUUAGCUAUGGUUUGUUGUGGAAAGGAGCAGGAGGAGGGUACUACAACAGGACAGUAGUAUUUGGUGGAUGUUACCAGAGGAGACUUUGAGCUGAUGGAAAAACAGAGGUCUCAGAAACCAUAAAUACAGUCUCAGAAACAUAUAGGAACAUGCAAGCUGUGUUAACAUGCAUGACUUGAGAUAUGAAGUUCUCUCUUGAACUUCUGCUAUCUACAGACGCCUGCACAUGUUAAAGGUAAUCAGUCAGCCACACAUGGAAGACAACAACACAACCCUAUCCAUGAAUUACCCCUAUAGUGUCAUUAAGAAGUCUGACUAGAAGAAAAAACAAGAUGUGUUCCUCUUCUUCUCCCAGCCUGUCAAAGCCCUAGAAAGCUCCGGUCUUCAUGCACCUCCUAAUGUUACACCCCUUAUUUAUUUACCUGUCUCUCCCACCUCCUGAAUGAAUUAAAGCCUCCAGUCCAAUCCCACUGACAGAUGGAGCAGUUUAUCACAUUAGAUUUAACCUCAUUUAGCAGGCAGGCUUUUCUCCCAUUGAUCAGAGACAGACAUUGUCUACACUUAUUUAGAUCCGGGGGGGGGGGGGGGGCAGAGAGACAGAGAGGGCGAUAGAGAGUGAGAGAUGGAGAGAGAGAGGGGGGGUGACAUACAGAGUGAGAGACAUACAGGGAGCGAGAGAUUGCGAUGGCGCCCUGUAGUACUCUUAACAGUCUGUAUUAAUGUAAGACCUUGGGAAGAUUAAUGAAAUGACAAGAUAUUCACACAUAUUUCAACAGAUGGUUGGUGCAAUACAGGCUUUUCUGAUUCCCUAUCCUCACUCUUAUUUUCCCUCUUGUUUGUAGUUGGGUCUUCUUAUCACCUACAGUGAACUAAUCUCAUGCCGAUACAACUGGACCCAUCCCUAGCUAGCCCAUACACGUCCUCAGGUCUACAUGUAUGGAAAUUGUGAUUUCUGCCACUGUUUCUGUAUUUCUGUUUCUGUCUACAGGAAACGCCAUCCGGCCCAUCGCCCUGCGUGCUGUAUCCGCCAUCGCCAGAACCCUGCCUGGCUUUCCCAUCCUGGCCACUGGGGGCAUCGACUCAGCAGAGUCUGGUCUGCAGUUCCUCCAUGCUGGAGCUUCUGUCCUGCAGGUAACAGCACUGCAACCAUCUCUCUCUCUCCCUCUCUCGCACUCUCUCUCUCUCUCUACCACUCUCUCUCUCUCCCUCUCUCACGCUCUCUCUCUCUCUCUCUCUACCACUCUCUCUCUCUCGCUCUCUCUCUACCUCCCAUUCUCUCUCUCCACUUCUCCCUCACCGCUGUCUGUAUAUCUCUCCUCUUUAACUCUGCAGUUAACAGCACUGCAACCAUCUCUCUCUCUCUCUCUAGGCGAAAACUCUAGAGGAGCGAGGACGCGAGUAGAGAGCAGACGGACGAGGCGCUAGAGCCGAGACCUGACGAGCGAACCGACACUCGUCAGCGUCUUACACCUCGCUCUAUACCGAGCCCGAUCUCAGGACCUCUACUCUCUGCUCUCUCUCUACCCCUCUACUCUCUCUCUCUCUCCUCUCUCUUCUCCUAUCUCUAUCUCGCUCCUAUCGCUCUCUCUCCAGCUCUCUCCUUGUUGAGGGCUUCUAUCCAGCAUAUACAAUGAUAGUACUGCAACCAUCUGGUCUCCUCUAUCUCACCAUAUACCAUUUAUACUAGGGGAGGCAGGUAGCCUAGCGGUUAGACCGUUGGGCCAGUAACCGAAAGGUCGCUGGUUGGAAUACCUGAGCUGACAAGGUGAAGAAUCGUUCGAUGUGCCCUUGAUCAAAGCACUUAACCCUAAUUUGCUCCAGGUGUGCUGUACUACUAUGACUGACCCUGUAAAACAAAACAUUUCACUGAAUCUAUCUGGUGUAUGUGACAAUAAAACAUAUUUAUUUUAAUUUUUACUAGUAAACAGAUUCAGACAUGACAAACUGUACUGUUAAGUAUAUUUUACCUCAAGCUGGGCCACUGGCUGUGAAAAUCAUUGGUUGCGUUCAAUAUUCCAUCUGCUGUGUGUAUUUACAUAGCACAAUGUUACACUUACACUGGCUUGGUUUGUGUUGUCGUGGUAACUGUUAUAUCGGUCUGUGUGAUCAUGUUAUGAAGCCUCAAACAUACUGGUAGGCAGGCACAGCAGUGUGUCACUAUGGCAGUAUACAGACCAAUGCCAAGAAUUCCUUACUUCAACUUUAUUACUUGAAUAUUCCCUCAACUUUUGAUAUUUAAAUUGAAAGAGGGUUUUUUACUUCACUGUUCAUUUAACUUCCCUCAGUGGUUCGUGCCUAGGGAGUAAUCUGCAACAGAAUCAGCAUGCAAAUUGAAUCACAAUUUGUGAAUAAAUGCAUCCACUUUUUAUGUUUAUUUCUUUAUAGAUGAUUUCAUAUUUUGGUAAUACCACCCCUCCACCUGCGCAGUCAUAUCUUAACACAGGGGAUCUGAGGAGUCUCAGUGCAUGCAACUAGAGAUUCCUCCCACUGAAUUAAUGGGAAAAGUUAAUUACAGAAUAAAAAAGUAACGCUCUCGAUCAAAUCAGAAUGCCAUCUAUUUGGGGAGGUGUGUUCUCUCUUUUGAAAAGCCUUCAUUUGUAUUCCAUUGAGCACGACUCAAUCAUAAUUUGAAAUUUCAUUCAUUUGUAUGUUUUUUUACCUUGAUUAAAGAGAAUACAAGUUUGUCAUUGUAAAUAUACAAUUUAAUGGAUGAAUUAUACGUUAGCUUCAGUUAAGUUUGGGGAACUUUCUGUGGUUAAAAGAUGCUUGGGUUUUUUCAUGUGAUGGGGAUAGCACAAAGGUGUUUGUAAUUUUGCUUUAAAUGGAAUCAUACACAUACAGCCAUCUUUUAUUCCAAAAGCAAUUCCGAAUGACGUCUUUCCCAUGGCCUGAACACAUUCAUCAAAAAGACUGCAUGGAUCUGUAUUUCUCUGUUUUUCUCAGACAUACAACAGUAAGAUGGUGCCUGUGCAAUACAUGCACACACAGUAGCAAAUUAAUAUGAAUCGCCAAGGAAAUUAGCAGUGAAAAGGCAUUGAAUGCAGAAUGGGUCUAAAACAAUAUGUUGUAAUCCUGGUUUUUACAAUCAGCACGUCUUGUCAUUCUGACACUGAAGACUGAAGAACGAUGGUGGGUGUUGAAUGUGAGAAUCACUGCUAUGGGCUUUGUGGAUUGUACUGUAGUACAGGAAGAGAGACAUACUGUGUUGUCUGAAAUAGACGUGAUUGGUUCUGCGAUGCAUCAGACACAUUCUUCUCAGAACAAACAAUGUGAUGAAGUCCAUUCAGGAACUACCCAUCUCUCAUAGACCCGUCAUUGCUUCUUGGCCUUGAAGAUUUUAUAAAGAAGUUGUUGCAAAGGGAAGCCUUGAAAGUAUGCUUGUCAUUUACAAUACAUGAUGAGAGCACAUCAUUUGAUUGAUUUUCAGGUAGAUGAUGUAUAAUAAUGUUCCUUAAGAAAACCUUAACUGAAAAGCCAUGUCAGUGAAAACCCAGUGAAUCUACUUUCAAAAAAAGUUUUCUAAACCAUUAUUUGACAGACGUUAAAGCUUCGAGAAGGAAAAGGCCAAAAAUGCUGUAUAGCUAAAAUAUAUCGUUGUAAAUUCACAUACUGUAGUCAGGGGUUGAUGCGAUCCACUUGUAAAUCGAUACUUCUUAGUUAAUUCAUUACCAAAAACAUUCAUUUGCAAUGACCCUGGAGGGGUUCUCUCUCUCCUUCUCUCCCCUUCUCUCUUUCCUCAUGGCUCUCCUUCGCCAUGUGCCUAUCAACUACUACAUGUGUGCAAUAUUAGUUUUUUUACUGCACCAUUACGAUGUGAAUAAGAUACAUAUGAUACAUAACAUACAUCUUAUAAUCGCUUUCUUGUAUUCAAUGCAAUAAUUGAUCAAUGUUAUAAAGUAACAAUGUGCUAUCCCAGUUUUGUCUUUGUUUAUUUUUCAUCAUUUUGAUUGAAUUGUAAAGUUGCUGCUUCUUUAUGGCGAUUUAGCCGGUGAUGGAGAUUCAGCCAGUGAUUUUAUCAACAUGUCUUUAGAAGGAGAUGGAGCUAUAUUUCAAUGAUGACCAACCAGUUCGAUCUUAAUGACCCAAGGUGACCAUUCCCCUUGUCCUUGGUGCAUGUCAACAGUUCUGAACUGCCAUGAAAGACCCAUUGUCAAGUAGCUAACAUGACUUGUUGUGUGAGCCCUGUAAACAUCAGGAAUUUGUAAUAGUACCUUUUGAAAACAUCCAAACGUCGCCAGCAUGAGCAAAAUGAAUAGCAGUCCAUUCAACAUGCGAACUAUUCAACUUUUCAGAGGAAAGGUUACCUGUCUGUCCACCUCACUACAACCCCUAACUGAACUCUACUGGAAAUUGCUCAUAUUCAUUGACUUGUAAAAAUGUAUUUACUUCCCCCCCAGACUUGGUUUCUCUUUUACCUGAAGAUCAAGACUAAAUAUCAGUGGUUAGUAGCUAAGUAUCAGACAUAGGAGCUGAAAUCAAAAGCACUGAGGUUGGUUCAUCCAUAGUCAUUGUAGCAUUUGAAAGCUGAAUGAAUCGAUCUUUCUUUUGGCGAAGACGCUGUUCUACUAAAUGCCAGGAUUCUAUCAUUGGGAAUAAAAGAGCUGACAGAGUCAGAGAGAAAGAGAGGGACAAAAAGAGAAAGAGGGAGAGGUCGAGAGGGAGAGGGAGAGCAGGGAGAGGGAGAGCAGGGAAUCUAAAAGCAUUUCAGAUCUCAGAAGGAGUUGAAAUCAAUGCACAGCCCCAGUUUUCAGAGCAGAUAAAAAGGACCUGCUGUCUCAAUUGCCUGAAAACUACUUAGAAAUUCUCACUUUGAUUUAUUUCAGCAGUCAGCUACAUUAACGUUAAAUGCAGCACGUGAGGACAUCACAUACUUUGAUGUUCUGAGCCAAAUCAAAAGCACUAAUGGACAUUCUCCUACACACACACACACACACACACAAACACACAUACACACACUGUAAGGCCCAGAUUCAGCUGUGGGACUCCUCUGAAGAUAUAAUAAUUUAUUUCAUAAAGCAAACUCACUCUCAAUUUACUUAUUAUAGAACAUAUUCUGUCAUAAAAGAAUGUGCAGUGUGUGUAUGCUUGUGUGUUUGGUGUCCGCUUGCUAAUGCAUACAUUCAUGUAUUUUCCGACCAUAUUCAACCAAUAAGCCUUUACAGGUGGACUGAUAAGAGAAUACUUGCUACAGUACAUGACAGUACAGUAAACUGCUGUACCUAGCCGUUUAAUACAAAUUGAUUCAUAUUUACUCUCUAAUGGCUCUCAUAAAGAAGACUGUCCUCAGAUAUCUGCUGACGGCUCUCUCCUCCGUUGGUGGACGGACAGUAUUUCACAUGUUUUUCUCAAGAGAGACCUGCUCUCUUUCCCUCUGAUGUAAAUGAAGGUGGUGGUGGAGUGCACAACAACACGUUUUCAGCCCCAUGUUUUCGUUUUCCUUCACCAUCACUCUGCUCCAACAACAAGCAUUGGUAUAUUUUUCACUUCUUUUUGAUCAGAGAUAUACAGUGCAUUCGGAAAGUAUUCAGACACCUUCCCUUUUUCCACAUUAUGUUACGUUACAGCCUUAUUCUAAAAUUGAUUACAUAAUUUUUUUCCCUCAUCAAUCUACACACAUUACCCCACAUUACCCCACAUUACCCCAUAACACAGGUUUUUAGAAAUGUUUGCAACUUGAUUACACAUUUUUAACUGAAAUACCUUAUUUACAUAAGUAUUCAGACCCUUUGCUAUGAAACUCGAAAUUGAGCUGCAUCCUGUUUACAUUGAUCGUCCUUGAUGUUUCUACAACUUGAUUGGAGUCCACCUGUGAUCAAUUCAACUGAUUGGACAUGAUUUGGAAAGGCACACACCUGUCUAUAUAAGGUCCCACAGUUGACAGUGCAUGUCAGAGCAAAGGUCGAAGGAAUUGUCCGUAUAGCUCCGAGACAGGAUUGUGUCAAGGCACAGAUCUGGGGAAGGGUACUGAAAAAUGUCUGCAGCAUUGAAGGUCCCCAAGAACACAGUGUCCUCCAUCAUUCUUAAAUGGAAGAAGUUUGGAACCACCAAGACUCUUCCUAGAGCUGGCCGCCCGGCCAAACUGAGCAAUCAGGGGAGAAGGGCCUUGGUCAGGGAGGUGACCAAGAACCCGAUGGUCACAGAGUUCCUCUGUGGAGAUGGGAGAACCUUCCAGAAGGAAAACCAUCUCUGCAGCACUCCAUCAAUCAGGCCAGACGGAAGCCACUCCUCAGUAAAAGGCACAUGACAGCCCACUUGGAGUUUCCCAAAAGGCACCUGAAGUACUCUCAGACCAUGAGAAACAAGAUUCUUUGGUCAGAUUAAACCAAAAUUGAACUCUUUGGCCUGAAUGCCAAGCGUCACGUCUGGAGGAAACCUGGCACCAUCCCUACGGUGAAGCAUGGUGCUGGCAGCAUCAUGCGUGGGGAUGUUUUUCAGCAGCAGGGACUGGGAGACUAGUCAAGGGUUGUGAAUACUUUCUAAAUGUUGUGUCUUUACCUCCUAGAAUGGGUAGUGUAUAGUCCUAAUAACUGACAUAGUUUCCCUGUGAAUCACUGAAAUGUAAUGCAUGUUCACAGUUGUUUCUCCCCCCCUACUAUUUGUUGUAACGAUGUAGACAUCCUUAUCAGAAAUGUAUUCUGUUGGAGCAGGGCAUAUAGGGGCAGGCAACAAGCAGCUUUUUUUCUUUUAACAAGCAGCGCUAUGCAAAUCAGAAUCCUAAUGAAAGCAUAUCUCCGAGCCAAAGCUUGAGAGAAUAAAUGCCUUAAUUUUCACAACAUGGGGCCAGUCGCUGGUGAAUUAACUUUUUGAAAUACACAAAUGACACAGCAGCACAGAUUCACGUUCAUUCCCCCUCUAGAAAUAAUUUGUUAUGACUAUCUCAGAGCAAUGUAAAACAACAUUGACAAAACCUCGCCCCCCUAACCUAACCCAAGUAUCUCAAGUAGGAGUGCUGAUCUAGGAUCAGUUUUGUCUUUUCGAUCAUGAUGUUUAAGAGUACAUGGACAAGAAGGACCUGAUCCUUAAUCAGCACCAAUACUCUGAGAUGCUUUGUGAAAACAGGCCCCGACCUCAGUCUGGUCUGUUUGAUGUGGUGUUCCCCUAGGUUCAGUACUCGGCGCGUUACCAUUCAGUCUCGUGUUAAUCCUGGAGUUGUUCUCAGGCAGAUCAAUGCAGGGCGAUGUCAGCUCAGCUCAGCUCAUAGAUGGUGGUGUCUGAUAAGCACGUCGUCUUAUCUCUCCGGCUGCUCUAAGACUCACCAUGGCACCGUGGCUUCUGUCAAAAUGAAGUGGUGGAGACAGACAGACGCACAAAGACAAGGUUUCCCAGUGUGUGAUGCAGAUCAGAUAGUCUCUCUCUUUGCUGAAGGAAGGAGAGAGAGGAUAAACCAUGUGAAUGGGGCUCACCCAGGAGAUUUACUACACGCCUGCCUUUCACCACUCUGCUCUAACUGACUGCUGCCGUGAUAAGCCUUAUUCCAUCUGACUAACCUUUAAUUAAAUAAAUAGAUUCCAUUGUAAAUGAGUGGAGACUGUAAGCAGUGUGUAGGUAGUGUGGUAUCUGAGACCUAGAAAACGCUGGCUUGGACCCAAACACUUUGGUUUUUGCUCUAGCACUACACAGCUGAUUAAAAUAGCCAACUCAUCAUCAAGCUUGAAUUAUUUGAAUCAGCCGUGUAGUGCUAGGGCCCUAGAGUAUGGCCGAAUUACAUACUCAUUCUCCAUUAGCACCACUAAAAAUAUUUGUGGGUGUGCGUCAGCUCAUGCUUUUCACUGGACCAAGUUAGUGUAAUAACAUCAUUUGUGUGUGUGUGUGUGUGUUUCUGUGCAUGCUUUCAUGUGUGCGUGCGUGUAUGUGCGAUUUUCCGCCACUAGGUGUGCAGCGCAGUGCAGAACCAGGACUUCACUCUGAUUGAAGACUACUGCCUGGGCCUAAAGACCCUGCUCUACCUGAAGAGCAUCGAGGAGCUACAGGACUGGGAUGGCCAAUCACCUCCCACGUUACGCCACCAGAAGGGCAAACCUGUCCCGCGACUGGAGGAACUGGUGGGCAAG